UACCUGCCAACAACUGAAAGCAAGAAGAAGAAAGGCAAACAUGGCCGACGAGGCGGAGGAGGUAAACACAGCUGUGGAGGAGAGCGAAGCACAACAACAGCUCGAUGAGCCUCAAGUUACGGAGGCAGCGCUCGACGGCGACCGCCACGGCCCGGAGGGGACGGAGAAUCAAGGGGAGAGCGGCUGGUCGGCUCCUCUCCGGUCGCUGGCCCGGAGGGCCACGGAGACGAUCAGCAGCGGGGUGAGCUACGCGGCCGCCCAGAGGAGCCUCUCGACCGGAUCCGCUGCGAGCGCUCCGGGGGAUUGGGAGUCGCAAAAUGACCUCCGCGACACUUCAAAAACGCUUCCAGACCCCAUGGCAAUAGAAAGAUCCAACCUCCUCAGCAUGAUGAAGCUGAGCAUCAAAGUGUUAAUUCAGUCCUCCAUGAGUCUGGGCAGGACGCUGGACUCCGAGUACCCUCCUCUGCAGCAGUUCUUCAUCGUCCUGGAGCAUUGCCUCAAGCACGGGCUCAAAGCAAAAAAAUCCUUCAUUGGGCAGAACAAGUCCAUAUGGGGCCCUCUAGAGCUGGUGGAGAAGUUGUGCCCAGAGUCUGUUAAUAUUGCCACAAGUGCCAGAGACCUGCCCGGCAUAAAGACCGGCUUGGGCAGAGGAAGGGCGUGGCUGCAUUUAGCGCUCAUGCAGAAGACUGUAGCUGACUACAUGAAAGCUUUGCUGGACCGCAAAGAUCUCCUGAGUGAGUUUUAUGACUCCGGAGCAUUGAUGGUGGAGGAGGAGGGAGCGGUGAUGGGGGGGCUGCUGGUGGGCCUCAACGUAAUUGACGCUAACCUCUGUAUAAAAGGGGAGGAUCUUGACUCUCAGGUGGGCGUCAUUGACUUUUCGCUGUAUCUGAAAGACCCAGCCAAAAGUGAGACACCAAAAGAUGAUACCAAGAUGACAGCCAUAUUGGACCAGAAGCACUACAUUGAGGAGUUGAAUCGUCACCUAAGUGGCACCGUCACUGACCUUCAGGCUAAGAUGGACUCUAUAGAGAAGACCAACAGCAAACUUGUAGAGGAGCUGACAGCAGCGACGGACAGAAUCAACUCUCUGCGGGAAGAACAGGAACAUCUGAGGAAGGAGAACGAGACGAUUUUGCAGUGCACCCAGAAAAAGGAAGAGGCCGCCCUACAGGACAGCCAGGUGGAGCUGGAGACGUACAAACAGACCCGACAGGGCCUGGAUGAGAUGUACAAUGUUGUUUGGAAGCAGUAUAAAGAGGAAAAGCGCAUUCGCCAGGAGCUGGAGCACGAGUUGGAGCUCCAAGUGGGACUGAAGCAGGAGAUGGAGGUGGCCAUGAGGCUGCUGGAGAAGGACACGCAUGAGAAACAGGACACGCUAGAGGCCUUGCGGCUCCAGCUGGACCAAGUCAAGACUCUUAACCUGCAAAUGUUCCACAAAGCUCAGGCUUCAGAGCGAGUGGCAGAAAAAAAGCAGACCGAGGCGGUGCAACUUGAGGGAAAGCUGGAUGAAAUGGAGAGAGCCAUGAUGGAUCUAGAGCAGAGACUACAGCACUCUGAGCAAGAGCGCAAACAAAGUGACCAGUCGGACGAAGAUAUGAGGGAAGAGCUGGAGGGAAAAGUGGAGACUUUGCAGAAACAACUGACUGACCUGGAUACUCAAAGGCUGGGUUUGGAGAGCGAGCUGCGCACUGAGAGGGAACACAGACAAAGCCUGCAGAAGACUCUCCAGCAGGAACAGGACAACAGCACCGAGCUCCGCACACAGCUGCAGCAACUGCAGGGCCUUCAAGCGGAGGUGCAGGAUUUGAAGCAUGAAAAGAGGCAGCUGCAGCAGACAUGUGGGCAGCAGGAGCAGGCUCUGCAGGAGAUGGGGUUGCACCUCAGCCAGUCAAAACUAAAGAUGGAGGACUUCAAGGAGGUCAACAAAGCUCUGAAGGGCCAAGCCUGGCUCAAAGACGACGAGGCCACGCAGUGCAAGCAAUGUGAGAAGGAAUUCUCCAUCGCACGCAGAAAGCACCACUGCAGGAACUGUGGAGAUAUCUACUGCAACAGCUGUUCCAGUAACGAGCUGGCCUUACCGUCCUACCCCCGACCUGUGCGGGUGUGCGAUGUGUGCCACGCCCUCCUGCUGCAGAGAAGCACCUCUACCGGUUGCUGACACCACAUAUCAAAUCUUAAGAAUGUUUGUUCAGUUUCCACUGUUGCCUGAAAUUCAGGAGCAUUCCUUUGUAUAAAUGAUGCACGAAACUCUUUAACAUGUCAAUGCGACCCAGGUCAGCUUGAAAUUAUUUAGGAUUUGUUUUAAUUUAUGUUGAGAUCCAUUCAAAAAAGCCGUUUGCUCCUGAUGAAACUGGGGUUUACUUUAAUAUGACUCAUACCACAGCUAUGCUCCAUGUGAAAGUGUACGAAUGACUAGAAUAACAAAUCUAUUUUAGAAUUAUUCCUUACGAGAUUUGCGAGCGGACUGGUGUAAAGUCUUUUUAAUCCAACUAUUUGAUAAAUGAAUAAAGUCAUUUUUUCCAACACUU